CAUUUCUGUCCACCUGGUUGACAUUCCUAGGUUUGUUUACACACACACACAGUGAGCCCACUAACCACCACCACCACACCUUAAACCCUAGCCCUUUCUCCUCCUCUUCUUCUAUAUAAACCUCUCAGUUUUUGGCUGUACCUGAAAAUAACAAUGGAGCUGUGCACACCUACAGCCUUCUCAAACCUUCCAAAUCACAAACUUAUCAAUUCAAACCAAUGGAGACCCUCUCUUUUUAUCAAGAAACCCUCUAAAUCUCGCUUCAAUCCAGGGUUGUUUUACUGGAAAAGCUCAUCUAUUAGAUCAAAAUCAGAGACAGAGGCUUAUGAGUUAUAUAUACCUCCUACGGUUGAGGAGAAAGAUGACGGAGCUUUUAAGAAGGAAGCGCCAAUAGAAGAAUCUAGGAAAGACAAUAAGAUAGAUGAUUAUACGUCUAUGAUAUAUGAACCUCCUAAGUUCGAAAAGACAGACGAUGGAGCUGUUCAGAAUGAAGCACCGAUAGAAGAUUCUAGUAAAGACAAAGAUACUUUGAUAUAUGAACCUCCCAAAGUUGAAGAGAAAGAUGAUGCAGCUGUUCAAACUGAAGCACCAAUAGAAGAUUCCGAACUGGACUUUGAUUCACAACUGUCCAAGUUAUUUGACAAGCUAAAUAUUAAGUAUGAUCCUGAAGAUUCCUCUUCAAUUAUCCUAUUUGGUGGUGCUGCUGUCACUGCUCUUUGGUUGACAACUGCUAUUGUUGGAGCCAUCGAUUCUAUUCCUUUGUUUCCUAAAUUACUUGAAGUGGUGGGUCUUGGGUACACUCUCUGGUUUAGUACCCGUUAUUUGCUUUUCAAGAAAAAUAGGGAUGAGCUAGCUGCUAAGAUUGAAGAGCUCAAGCAGGAGGUAUUAGGUUCAAGCGAUGAUUAAUUUACUUCGAAAGAACUUAACGUUCCUUUUAGUUUUGUGCAUGAGGGAGCGAUAUCUUAGUAGAAGAGAUUUAUGCAUAGCAAGUCAAUGGCAGUCUUUCAUGCUAAUGUGAAUAAUAGAAACUUUAGUGUAUAUGAUUCUCUUAUCUUUAAAAGAACGAAGUCCUUUUUGUUGUUGAGAUAGUUCAAGUUUUUUCACUUUGAGAAGUCAAAUUCAAUGGUUCAGCUUUAAAUGGGAUGGAUAACAGACUCCACUUUC